AUGUUCACUGCUUCUGCUCGAGGCCGUCUUUCCACCCUCUCAAGGCAACGGCUACCUACUAACUCUCUCCUCGCCCGCUCGACGCCUCUCACAAUGGCUCCCCGACGAGCAGCAUCUUCAGUUCCUGAGGGAUACAAGGAGGAUCUCUCCAAGGGCAACAUGCUCCGUUUCGAAGAUUCUCUCCCUAGACUCCCCGUUCCUCCCCUGGAAGAGACCGGCCGUCGGUACCUGAAGUCCGUGCAUGCCGUCGUCUCCGAGUCCGAGUAUCAGCGCACCAAGAGCGCUGUCGAGGAAUUCAUCCGCCCCGGUGGUCAGGGUGAGUCCCUGCAGAAGCGUCUGUUGGCUCGCGCUGCCGAUCCUAAGAUCAAAAACUGGCUCUCCGAGUGGUGGAACCAGGCCGCUUACCUCGGCUACCGCGACCCCGUCAUCCCCUACGUCUCCUACUUCUACUCCUACCGGGAUGACCGCGAGCGUCGCAACCCCGCCCAGCGUGCUGCCGCUAUUACCACUGCUGCGCUCGAGUUCAAGGCCAAGGUUGAUGAUGGUUCUUUGGAGCCCGAGUACCUCCGCAAGGAGCCCCAGGCCAUGAGCUCGUACCAGUACAUGUUCAACUGCUGCCGUAUCCCCGCCGAGGGCCAGGAUUUUCCCCGCAAGUACUCUGCCGCCGAGAACCAGCACAUCGUCGUUGUGCGCAAGAACCAGUUCUUCAAGGUUCCCUACGUCGUCGACGGUCAGCAGCUCAAUGUCUCCGAGUUGGAGAAGCAGUUCCAGCGCAUCAUCGACACCGCACAGCCCGCACCUCCGGUUGGCGUUCUGACCGUUGCCGACCGUGACCACUGGGCUGCUGCCCGCAAGACCCUCGUUGAGUUCGACCCCGCCAACGAGGUCGCUCUCCAGGAAAUUGAGUCUGCUGGUUUCGUGAUCUGCCUGGACGAUGCCCGCCCGGUUACUCUCGCCGAGCGCUGCAAGCAGUUCUGGCACGGUGACGGCUCCAACCGCUGGUUCGACAAGCCCCUGCAGUUCAUCGUCAACGACAACGGCACCGCCGGUUUCAACGGUGAGCACAGCAUGAUGGACGGCACCCCCACCCACCGUCUCAACGACCACGUCAACAACCUCAUCUUCAACAAGAAGAUCGAUCUCUCUGCCAAGACCGUGCGCUCCCAGCUCGCGGACCCCAAGCCCAUCACAUUCAAGCUGAACGAUGCCGCCAACGACGCCAUCGACUAUGCGGCCCAGUACCACCGCAAGCAGAUCGGCUCCCACGAGCUCGUCGUCCAGGCUUACCAGGGCUACGGCAAGGGUCUCAUCAAGAAGUUCAAGUGCAGCCCCGACGCCUUCGUCCAGAUGACGAUCCAGCUGGCCUACUACAAGAUGUACGGCAAGAACCGUCCCACCUACGAGUCCGCCUCGACCCAGCGUCGCCUUCUGCAAGGCUCACCAGGACCACAACACCCCCGCGAGGAGGUCGUCAAGCUGUUCCGCGCCGCCCUCGCCCAGCACACCAAGUACACCCAGGAGGCUAGCUCUGGCCAUGGUGUCGACCGUCACCUGUUCGGUCUGAAGAAGCUCCUCCAGCCCGGCGAGCCGCUGCCUGCCAUCUACGAGGAUCCCGCUUUCGCUUACUCCAGCUCUUGGUAUCUCUCCACCUCCCAGCUGAGCUCCGAGUACUUCAACGGAUACGGAUGGAGUCAGGUUAUUGACGAUGGAUUUGGAAUUGCCUACAUGAUUAACGAGAACAGUCUCAACUUCAACAUCGUCUGCAAGCGCAUCGGCGCCGAGCGCAUGAGCUACUACCUCAGCGAGGCUGCCACUGAGCUCCGCGAUCUGCUUAUGCCCGAUCUCGCUGCCCAGCCCGAGAAGCCCAAGCUGUAG